AUGGAUGGCCAAGGCACGGCCGAGCUGCCCAGCUGCGGAGUCAUCGAGGGCGCCAACUGCUCCCCAUCCAAGGACUGUUGCGAGUGCACGUCUACCGAGUUCUACUACAUCCCGCUUGUCUCGGGCUUGAUCAACCAGUUCUUUACUCGGGCCCAUGAAAAGCUCCAGGAUGAGACCAUCCUGAAUAUCCUCGCCAUUGACGAGAUCAUUGCCGACUUCAAACCAGACCCCGCUCACACCGUCGACCCCAAUAUCUUCAAUACUAUAGCCGGCGCUCUAGCCAUGGCUGGGGCUGUCGCAGGGGCGGCACCAGGCCCUGCUGGGGUCAUUCCUAAUUUGUUCGGCGGCGUCAUGACAAUUGUCGGAGCCAAUGUCCCCGCCCCCAAGGUGCUUCACAUUGAGGCGGUCCGCAGCCAAGCUUCGGUCCACCUCAAAACCAUCUUUGACGAGACGAGAAAGCCCAUGGCAAAUCUCCUCACCCGCUUAUUUGGCAAUCGCGACGUCGAGUACUCGCUAUCGGACCUCGUCGACAGCAUGAAGAGCAGAGGGUUUCAAGCCGUGGCUGACGUCUGA